UUUGAAGCGAUCCCAAUAUUGUUUUUGUCACAGACUGCUUCCACCCACAUCAGAUGAGGCCCGUGAAUAGAAGACCCGCUACGCCUAUGAUACCCCAACCAGAUGAGCCAAUGAGACCCGCCUUUGCCGCGCUGUUUGAGGUCGACGUCGCUAAACUUGGUGCACUAUUGGUACUGGAGGCGGGUGCGCUGGUGCUUUGGACGACCGUCCCAUCGGUGUUCUGAGCCGCCACUCCACUAGUAACCUGAGGCGCAGGGGCGCUACCUGUCGGGUUGGCAGAGGCAGUAGUCGGUAUUGCACCAGGCCCACUAUCGGGCACCUGCGCCGCAAUAUUGGGUGCACUUGUGACGAUGGUGGUCGUAACGUCGAUGGUGGUCGUGCUGCUCUCAGCGGCUGCCACGGCUUGGCCGGCUACUGCACAAGAAACCGAGAGAUCAUCGCCGCUUGCGCUCGCAGUCGCGAUUGGCAAGCAAUCAAUCGAAGCCGUGAUGGCUAUAGUCGUCCCCUCCACUACGCUGGUACGGCUAGCACCAACCAGCUGGAUUCCCGACGGCCCUGCAAUAAGGAUACCAUCUAUGGGAGCGGUGUUGGUGAAGGACCCGCUAGCAGUUCCAGGGGCAAGCGACCAUGAAAUUACUUCCUCUGCCCCUGUUCCGUCGACGCCGAGGAAGCUCGCGGAGACCGCUUGGUCUGGUGAUGCGCCUGGAAUGACUAGAGAGACCACAGCUGGUGCCGCUACAACAU